UUUCCAGUUAUAUAUCUACAAAAAUGGUUAAUUCACUGAGAUCUCUCUUCCUAAUAAUUUCAUUAUUUACCAUACUCUUGAUGCUCUCCAAGUCAACCAGCGCAAGGCUCCAUCCCAGAAGAAAUAACACCUCGCCAUCUUCUUCUCCUCCUCCUUCUUCUUCGCCUUCUUCGUCUUCUUCUUCUUUAGGUGAUGGGAAUAAGAAGUUUUGUCUGAGUUGGAGAUUAGGAGUGGAGGCGAACAAUGUGGUGGCGUGGGGCACAGUGCCAAGGGAGUGUCAGAAGGAGGUUGAGAGUUAUAUGAUCGAUGGGCAGUACGACGAGGAUUUGGAUUUGGUCAUGCAACAGAUCUCCACUUUCCUCAAUUCCAUUCCUCUUUCUUCUGAUUCCUUGGAUGCCUGGGUCUUGGACAUUGACGAGACUUGCCUCUCCAAUCUUUAUUAUUACAAAACUAAGAGAUUCGGGUGUGAUCCAUAUGAUCCUGUGGGGUUCAGGGCGUGGGCCAGCAAAGGAGGGAGCCCGGCAAUAUCUCCUGUGCUUCAAUUAUUCAAUAAACUCUUGGACAAAGGAUUCAAAGUGUUCUUAGUCUCUGGGAGAGACCAGGAGACUCUUGGUCAGGCCACCAUCAACAACUUGCAUAAUCAAGGCUUCAUUGGCUACCAACGCCUUAUUUUAAGGAGUGUAGAAUAUAAAGGACAAAGUGCAGUGAGGUACAAGUCGGAUAUAAGGCAGAAAUUAGAGAAGGAAGGUUACAGGAUUUGGGGUAAUGUGGGAGAUCAAUGGAGUGAUAUACGUGGAGACUCUACCGGCAAUCGCACUUUCAAGCUUCCUAAUCCCAUGUAUUUUGUUCCCUAACUUCCAAUUAUUAAUGUUUCUUUUGUUUUAUAUGCUUUUUAGUUUGCACCAUGUUUGGAAGUUCAAUCUUCGUCAUGGCUCUCUCA